CUCCCAACACCUUUCCCCUGUGUCUUAUAGAGCAUAGACGUGUUAUAUAGCUUCCUUCUCCGGUUGUGAUAGAUGGACAGUCUCAACAGAGAUGAUCUUCAUCUCGAGCAGCCGGGAAAGCGGUCUUCCCCAGACGGCAGUACGGCUGCUUACAAUGCGGCAGGGCCUAGCAACGCGUCGCAGCAAGCUGCCAAUCCCGCCCAGCCCAUUCCGAUAGCCACACCACAACGUCCGCAAGAACCUCACCCCCUACUCGUCGCCGUAGCCUCCUCCUCCUCUCCUUCCUCACUCGAGCCUAGACAUGCUGCAUUCAGUCACUCGCCUCUGCGGUCUCGGCGCCAGAAUCUCCUUCAAACGCCCGCCAAGGCUCGUCAGACUGCGCUCGACCUGGGCGACGUAGCGCUGGAUCAGCUCGACGCCGAUGAUCUUAUUCCUAGCUCCACGCCAUCAAGACAGCAUGAGCAAGCGACGCCAUCUGGCAAAGGCAAGGCUGAUGGCUGGUCCAAAGCCCCGCACCGGCGAGACAGCGGUGAUGCUGACAAGCGAAGCAUCGUGGAGCAGCAUCGCCUUCCUCGGCCUCCCAGCUUUGCCGAGUCGCAAUUCCAGACAAUCAUUAGAAGACAGAGAAAACGACGGAUCCUCUCUGCAGCUCACGAGGGUCGAGAGGAUGUAAGCGGAGGUGCCUUGCCAACCAAAGGGGACGCAGGAGCGAGCACCGGGAUCAAGCCGGACGUAUUUGGCAGGCCGUCUAGCAGCAGUAGAGUCGAUGCAGACAACCGCUUUGAGCAGACAGACAUGGAAGACUCAUAUGGGUCAUCAUCGGGUCUGCAUCUCAAAGUAGGGCGCAAUCGGAGCGGACCAAACAGAGCAGGUCCGCUAAACAGCUAUGAGUUUGCAGGAUGGGGAGAGAUGUCGAUGCUCGAAGUCACGCCUGGAGAGAUGGCUGCCGCCCGCAGACGAGUGGAGGAUCGGGUGGUGAAGCCCUCGUCCCUCCUUGGUCAAUUCAGAGCCACAGCCAUAGCCGGAAAUGCGGUCACUGGGUCCAUCUUCUAUGCUCUGCCUUCCAUCUUCGCGGUUGCCGGCAUUUGGACCCCUGUCUGCCUGGUUCUCGCUGCUCUCCUCAUCAUACCGGUGCUGGUGAUAAUGCACGGUCUCGCCAGCGCCCUCAAGUCUGCCAAUGCUGGAUCAUACUCUUACCUCAUCAACGUCAGCAGCCGCAUGAUCGCUCUGAUUGGAGGAAGUAUCACAAUUCUCGACGCCAUAUCGACCGGAGCAGUAUCCAGCGCUACUGCAGCAUCGUACGUCUCCGAGGAGGCGCCUCGAUUGUCGAUGCCCAUCUUCACGAUCUUAUUCCUCCUCAUACUCACCGCAAUCUGCCUUUUGGGUAUGAAAGAUAGCUCGACUAUCGCCUUGAGCAUGUUCACCCUUCACACGCUCUCAAUCGCCGCACUGAUCGUUGCAGGUGUCGUGUCAUGGACUCGCACAGGCAAUGCGGUCAUCCGAGAGAACUGGAGUAUCGCUGCCGGUGGGGCAGAGCUACUGGGAGGCAAAAGUACCGCUCGAGCACUCUUCGAUGGGACCGUAGUCGCCUUUGUCGGUCUGACUGGAUUCGAGACGACAGUGGCAUAUGCAGGCGACUUGAAGCCAGGUGCCUUCUUCCUCGCUCUGAGGAACAUCUGGGUCACCGUGACGCUCCUGUCUGCACCGUCUGCCCUGUUGAUUCUUGCGACCAUCCCAUUCCCCCAGAUCCUGGGGGCCAACAACGUACUCGCUCUAUUGGCCUCUUCGGCGGGUGGUAGAGCCCUCCAGCUCGUCAUCGUCAUCGACGCCUCCGUCGUCCUCUGUGGUGGAGUCCUCACCGGCGCAAUCUCCUGCACUGGGGUUCUGCUUGCAAUGGCCAAGGAUGGAACCCUCCCUGGCAAGCUUGGCUGGGCCAUUAAGAGGACAGGGGCACCUCUGUGGUGCUUGACGACAUACCUGCUUCUGUGCGUUGCCAUGGUGGCCACUGCCAGCUUCUCACAGAUCACAGUCGCCAGUAUUUUCUCGAUCAUCUUCUUGGGUGUCCUAACUCUAUUCGGACUUGCAUCUCUAUUGCUCCUCUUCUCUCGUCCUCUCUUACCAAGGAGCAAGGUAUCCCUCCCAAUCAUCCUUCUCUCCCUCACAAUCACCACAGUCUCCCUCGUUGGAAAUGUACUCCUCUCUCCCACCUCUCUCGGUCUCACUCUCGCCUACCUCGGCGUUGUGGGAGGUACAGCCAUCUGCUGGGCCAACAGGGUGCCUAUUGCUCGCAUUGGCCUCGUGUGGCUACCCGCACAGAUCGACUGGUUCAGAAGGAUCGGCGCGAGUAGUGGAGCAGUGGGAGCAGGGGCGGGGCGCAAAGGGACGAGAAUCGAUGAGAGAGUGGAGACGUGGAUCAGGGAGACGAGGCGGUCGACGAAAGCUGUCUUCCUCACGUCCUCCGAUGAGCUCUCCGUCCUUGUCCAAGCCAUCAUCUACGUCAAGAACAACGAGCCUUCCAUCGGCCGGGUCAUCUUGGUACACUGCUACGACAAGGUCGACGAGAUUCCUCCGGAGCUGGAGAGCAACCACCAGCUGGUGGACGAGGCGUUUCCAACCAUUACGGUGGAUUUGUGUUUUAUCGAGGCGCCCUUCAAUGCCACUACUCUGGAAUUCCUAUCUCACAGACUCAAGGUACCAUUGCCGCGCUUCUUCAUUGGCUGUCCGACGUCUUCGAGUCAGCAGGACGUAGGCUUGCUGGGCGGUGUACGGAUCAUACUCGACUGAUCAACAGCUCAUCCGGUCAUGCACCCAGGGGGAUUGACUUCUAUAGACACGUCAAUUCCAAUAUUAUAACACUCAAACAUGACAUGAAUCUACGCGGCUCUAAGUUCAAACAUCUCCGUGAUGGCCUCUAGUGAUUUACCCUUUGUCUCUCGCAUAAAGACGACGCAGAUCCCCGAUGCG